AUGCUCAGCAACUCACUCGACUCGCUUACGACGCUCAGCAAUUCGCACCUCACUCGCAACCCCCUCGCAACACACAAAGCAAAUCUGACCAAGAUGAUCUUCAAUAUGCUCUCCGUUGCCCUCGUGGGCGCCAUGACUGCCAGUACUCUCGCUGCACCGACACCUCCCACGGUCAGACAGGAUAACGGCGUCUUCUACGAGGACAGCUUCGACAGUGUCAAGCCGGAGAUGAUCACCAGUUGCGAUGGCUCAACCGUCGGCAUUGUUCCCCAUUACGAAGAGGGUCUGUCCUUUUUGGACUAUGGCACAACAGGCGAUGCCGGCUCUCAAUGGGCAGUCAUUGCAAGCCCAUGGGCAAGUGGACAAGCCAUCCAAGGACCCCCAGUCUCUUGCCCGGGUCGUCCUCUCGCUCGCAUCUACGCCACAAACGGCUACACUUGGGAUCUGAAAUCCUUCAAUUAUGGUGUCUCUGCGCCUACGAGUGCUACCACCGUCAAUGCCAUCAAGCCCGGCGGCUCGGACAGCUCGCCCGUCUACUCCGUCAGACUCGGCGAUCCCGACACCGGUGUCAUCGUUCCCGGCACGCAAUACACUUUUAGCGUGAAUUCUAACGACGCCGGACUCUUCGAAGGCACGCACUGUUCUCGCGCUAGAUUCAGAGAUGCUGAUGGUUGUACAGGACUGGAGCACGUUGCGUUCAAGACGACAGACGCUUCCUUGACUAUCAUCAUCGACAACCUCGUCUACUGGACUUCAGCGCCCAACACAACGAGCACCAGCUAG